AUUGCUCUUGGAACAGUAACUAAUGUGGAAGAAGCAGUAAAGUGGAUAAGUUACACUUACCUUUAUGUACGGAUGAGAGCAAAUCCAUUAGUAUAUGGCAUCAGUCACAAAGCUUAUCAGAUGGAUCCAGGUCUAGAAAAGCACAGAGAACAAUUGGUAAUUGAAGUCGGCAGAAAACUGGACAAAGCCCGCAUGAUUCGCUUUGAAGAACGAACUGGCUUUUUUUCUUCAACAGAUUUAGGCAGAACUGCCAGCCACUACUAUAUUAAAUACAAUACUAUAGAGACUUUCAAUGAAUUGUUUGAUGCUCAUAAAACAGAAGGUGAUAUUCUUGCUAUAGUAUCAAAAGCUGAAGAAUUCGAACAGAUAAAGGUAAGAGAAGAAGAAAUAGAAGAGCUGGAUACCUUACUGAAUGAUUUCUGUGAACUUCCUACUCCAGGAGGUGUAGAAAACAGUUAUGGAAAAAUUAAUAUCCUCCUUCAAACAUAUAUUAGCAGAGGAGAGAUGGACAGCUUCUCCCUUAUUUCAGAUUCUGCAUAUGUUGCACAGAAUGCAGCUCGUAUUGUUCGAGCUCUUUUUGAGAUUGCCCUUAGGAAACGUUGGCCUGCAAUGACAUAUCGACUACUGAAUCUCAGCAAAGUCAUUGACAAGCGGCUGUGGGGCUGGGUUAGCCCUUUGAGACAGUUCUCAGUGUUACCACCAUCAGUCCUCUCAAAGUUGGAAGAGAAGAAUCUCACUAUAGACAAGAUGAAGGACAUGAGAAAAGAUGAAAUAGGUCAUAUGCUGCAUCAUGUGAAGAUUGGGUUAAAGGUAAAACAGUGUGUCCAUCAAAUCCCCUCCAUCAUAAUGGAAGCCACAAUUCAGCCAAUUACCCGCACGGUCCUCCGAGUUCGGCUGAACAUCGCUCCUGACUUUACGUGGAAUGAUCAGGUACAUGGCACUGUUGGAGAGCCCUGGUGGAUUUGGGUAGAAGACCCUACUAAUGAUCACAUUUAUCAUUCAGAAUACUUCAUCAUUCAAAAAAAACAGGUGAUUAGUAAAGAACCUCAACUGCUAGUGUUCACAAUUCCAAUUUUUGAACCUCUUCCUUCUCAAUAUUACAUUCGAGCUGUGUCCGACAGAUGGUUAGGAGCAGAGGCUGUGUGUAUCAUAAAUUUUCAACAUUUGAUUCUUCCAGAGAGACAUCCACCCCACACAGAACUUCUAGAUCUUCAGCCUUUGCCUAUCACAGCCUUGGGACAUCGGGAAUAUGAAGUCCUGUACAAAUUUACACACUUCAACCCUAUCCAGACGCAGAUAUUUCAUACACUUUAUCACACAGACUGUAAUGUUCUUCUUGGAGCGCCUACAGGUUCUGGAAAAACUGUUGCAGCUGAAUUAGCCAUCUUCAGAGUUUUUAACAAGUAUCCCACAUCAAAGGCGGUGUAUAUCGCGCCCUUAAAAGCACUCGUUCGUGAAAGAAUUGAGGACUGGAAAGUUAGGAUUGAAGAAAAACUUGGUAAAAAGGUUGUAGAGUUGACAGGAGAUGUGAGUCCUGAUAUGAGAGCUAUUGCCCAAGCUGACCUGAUUGUUACUACACCAGAGAAGUGGGAUGGUGUCAGCAGAAGCUGGCAGAACAGAAGCUAUGUUCAGAAAGUUUCCAUUCUUAUAAUAGAUGAGAUCCAUCUGCUAGGGGAUGAGAGAGGCCCAGUACUGGAAGUCAUUGUGUCUCGAACAAACUUCAUCUCAUCUCACACAGAGAAGCCUGUAAGAGUAGUUGGUUUGUCUACUGCUUUAGCAAAUGCCAGAGACCUUGCUGACUGGCUAAAUAUUAAUCAGAUGGGUCUGUUCAACUUCCGACCAUCAGUACGCCCUGUUCCUCUGGAGGUCCACAUUCAGGGCUUCCCUGGUCAGCAUUACUGUCCUCGCAUGGCUAGCAUGAACAAACCUGCAUUUCAGGCAAUUCGGAGUCAUUCUCCAGCCAAGCCUGUUCUUAUUUUUGUGUCAUCCAGACGUCAGACAAGGCUCACUGCCUUAGAUCUGAUAGCUUUCCUAGCCACUGAGGAUGAUCCCAAACAAUGGCUGAAGAUGGAUGAAAGAGAGAUGAAUGACAUUAUAGUGACAGUUAGAGAUUCAAAUCUGAAGCUGACGCUUGCUUUUGGGAUAGGCAUGCACCAUGCGGGUCUGCAUGAAAGAGACAGGAAAACUGUGGAAGAAUUGUUUGUGAAUUGCAAAAUCCAGGUUCUUAUUGCCACAAGCACAUUAGCUUGGGGUGUAAAUUUUCCAGCUCAUUUAGUAAUUGUUAAAGGAACAGAAUACUAUGAUGGAAAAACAAGGCGUUAUGUGGAUUAUCCCAUUACAGAUGUACUUCAGAUGAUGGGACGUGCUGGGAGACCACAGUUUGAUGACCAAGGAAAAGCUGUAAUUCUAGUUCAUGACAUUAAGAAAGACUUCUACAAAAAAUUCCUUUAUGAACCUUUCCCAGUGGAAUCGAGCUUGUUAGAAGUGCUGGCUGACCACUUGAAUGCUGAAAUUGCUGCUGGAACUAUUACUUCUAAGCAGGAUGCUAUGGAUUAUAUUACCUGGACUUAUUUCUUCCGUCGACUUAUAAUGAACCCAACUUACUAUAACUUGGAAGAUGUGAGCCAUGACACUAUGAAUAAGUACCUCUCAAGCCUUGUUGAGAAAUCUCUCUUUGAUUUGGAAUGCUCCUACUGUAUUGAAAUUGGGGAGGAUAAUCGCAGCAUUGAACCUCUGACAUACGGCCGCAUUGCUUCCUAUUACUAUUUGAAACAUCCGACCAUUGGCAUGUUCAAAGAUCAGUUGAAACCUGAAAGCAACAUUGAAGAAUUGCUCUUAAUUCUGACA